AAAUAAGGAUAAUCGAGUGAUUUAACGGAAGAUGAAACUGAUCUUAAUAUUAUUCUAUCUGUUUUUGGUUUCGGUAUCAUCUGAAGUUUCUAAAUUAAAGACAAAUGCAGAGGAUAAAUAUAUUAAAGAAUAUAUAGAAAAAGCAUUAGAAGAUUUUCGAUCUGAGAUGAGAUCAGAAAUGCCAAAUUUCAAACUACCCAUUCUAGAACCGUUAAAAUUACCCGGGGUAAGCGAAAAAGCCUCUCAUGGAACCCUAACAAUUAAUGAAAUGUAUUUGUAUGGUUUAUCAAAUUUUGAAAAAUACGUUAACGUUAACAUGAAAAAUGGCACAUUUUAUGUGAAGUUAACCAUUCCCGAGCUGAGAAUCGAUAGUGAUAACUAUAAUUUACGUGCCAAUGUUUUCCUUAUUACAAUUAAUUCUAAAGGAAGAUUUCAUGUUAUAGUACAUAAACCGGAAUGUUAUCUAAAAGGAGAAAUCAAUGUAAAUAAUCUAGGAUAUUAUGAAGUUAAAAAUCUCGAAGCCGAUGCAAAUUUUGAUCAUGCCAGAGUUGAUUGGAGUCGAAUGGGCGGAAAGCAUUUAAUGAUAAAAGGUAUUGAAAGAUAUAUUAAAAAUAAUGCCCAUAAUGUUUUUCAUCAGAAAAAGUCUAGUGUUUUAAACGCGGCUUUGAACGAUAUUCAAAAUAUCAUUAACAACAAAUUGAAGACGUUAGAAAUUUUACAUGAUGAUAAAUAAAUUACACUUAAUUAUUAUAGUUUUAAUUCAUUUGUGUAUAUUUUGAAGGUACUCUUUGGAAAUAAAAUAUUUUACUUAUUAAAUCA